UCCUUGUUGCAUGUGCUUUCUUUGUCACCUUUCUUGAAAGUUGAACAUGGUCUUAGCUCACCCCCAUGCACAUAGUACAAGCUCAUAUUUUCUCUCCCAACAAACACCUAAUAGGAUUUGGGUUUGUAGCUUUUGUUGGGUAUCAUUUUCUUUGGUAAUUUACUAAUUUUUGCCCUGAAUGCUCUGUUCAUAGUACAAACCCUAUUUUCUCUCUCAUCAAACACCCGUUAGGAAUUUAGGAUUGUAGCUUUUGUAGGGUUUCAUUUUCUUGGGUAAUGUUGUCUUAAAUGCUCUGUUCAUAAGCCUUGAUUUUCCACUGCAAAAUUACAAUCUUCUAUAGACCCCACGAACCCAACACCGCACGUCUUAUUGUAUGACAAUUGACAAAAAGUCAUUGUUUGAUCAGUGCAAAAAAGAUUCAAUCUUUUGCUUUCCGAAAAGAAUAAAGUCCAAAUCCUUUGCUUCAUUAGGGUUCAUUUUAGGGGUUUCUUACCCUUUUUCCCGUAUGGGUUCGUCUGUACAAAUUCGAAUUUCUCUUUGUUGAUCAUUUCUUGUUGAUUGGUUUAUUCCAAAUUCCAAUCUUGAAGAAUUUUCUUAGAAUCCUCUUUUCAGAUGACACCCAUCAUAUGACAAAAGCAAUCCUCUUCAAAGGAAGCUUUUCUGGGUUCUUUUUGUUUCAAUUUUUUGGUUGAUUUUCUCAACUUUCUUGGGUGAUUGGCGAAGAACCUAUUUGAUAAGAACCCCAAUGUUGAAUAUGUGGAACACCUAUUUGGCCAUUUCAACCAAGAAUUUCGUACCUAUGUAGGUUUCGUUCAUAUCAUUGCUACGUUUCAUUCAGGACUCUUCACAAACAUUUGGUGUGCGUUUGAAUUGGGUCUCUAAAGAUAUUGUAUUGAAAUGGGUUGUGUUCAUGGGAAGUGUUGUGGUGAGUACCCACCAUCGUCAGAUGGUGAUAACAAGGAUCAAGAAUUGGGUCCGUAUACUGGUAAUGGAAGGCCCCUAGACAUUGUUCAUGUUCCUUCUCACAACUUCAGGUUAGAGUAUUCAGUCCUCACUCAACGUGGAUUCUAUCCAGAGAUGCCAGAUAAAGAAAACCAAGAUAGCUUUUGCAUCAAAACACACAUUCAAGGUAACCCAAAUGCCCAUUUCUUUGGUGUGUUUGAUGGGCAUGGCCAGUUUGGCGCACAGUGUUCGGAUUUCGUUAAGAAUAGGUUGGUGGAUAUUCUAUCUAGUGAUCCUACAUUAUUGGAUGAUCCUGUUAGAGCUUAUAAUUCUGCAUUUUUAGCAACAAACAGUGAACUUCACGAGAGUGAAAUAGAUGAUACAAUGAGUGGUACAACAGCUAUAACAGUUCUGGUUAUUGGGGAUACACUAUGUGUUGCUAAUGUGGGUGAUUCAAGAGCAGUGAUUGCUGGUAAAGAAGGGAAUAGAAUUCUUGCUGAAGAUUUGUCUUGUGACCAGACACCAUUUAGGAAGGAUGAAUAUGAGAGAGUGAAGCUUUGUGGGGCCAGAGUUUUGAGUGUUGAUCAAGUGGAAGGGCUUAAAGAUCCUGGUAUUCAGUCAUGGGGGGAUGAAGAAACCGAAGGUGGUGAUCCACCGAGGUUGUGGGUUCAGAAUGGGAUGUACCCUGGGACUGCUUUUACGCGGAGUGUAGGGGAUAGUACAGCUGAGAAGAUUGGUGUGGUUGCUAUUCCAGAGGUGUCAAUGAUUCAGCUUACGCCUAAUCAUCCAUUCUUUGUAGUUGCAAGUGAUGGGGUUUUUGAAUUCCUCUCUAGCCAAACCGUGGUGGAUAUGGUGUCCAGUUAUGCAGAUCCUCGAGAUGCGUGUUCUGCCAUUGCUGGAGAAUCAUACAAACUAUGGUUGGAGAAUGAUAACCGGACAGAUGAUAUAACAACAAUCGUUGUACACAUUAAAGAUUUAUCACAUUCAGGUGCUAAUGCCACAGAUGGAAGCAUUGGAGGCAAUACGAGGACAGCCGCUUUGAAGGCAGAACGAGUAUCUCCUGGCAUAUCUUUUACUCCUGGAUCAGAAAUUUACUGUUCAGUGAGAAGUGAUUCGUCAGGUCUGCAGUCUUGUCAGAAUGUUAUGUCAACAGAACAAACUCUGGCAAAUGUUGUUCCAUCUGCAACUCUUCCAAGGCCCUGUGAAUUUGAUUGAGCUGGCAAAAGGCCUCUAGGAACUUUCCUCGUAUCCUCCUGUUCCACUUGCCUGGAAAUGGUGAUUGGAAAGAGGAAGUUGGUGCAUGCUACUACUCGCAGAAGCAAUUUGAUCUGCCGAUACAAAAUCUAAUCAUAUAUGCUAAAUUUGGAAAUAUAGACAACCUUGGGAGGAUUCCCUUGCACCUGCUAACCCAACAUGAAUAAGUUUGUAAUGUAUCAAGUACAAGAGAGGUUCCAAAUUUUGAUUAUACACCGGAGAUGAACGCAAAAGGAAGGUGAAGAUAUGUUUUUUUUGUUUGCUGGGUAGAACAGAAUUAUAGAGCGUGGUCAGUUGUAAAUCUCUACUCUCUUUGUUUUAGAAUUACCUUUGAUCCUUUUCCUAGAACUUAACUGUAUGGUAUAUGGUUGGUAGCACGUCCAUUGCAUUGUGAUACGAAUAGUUUAAACAUCGGAACAGGGUUUGG